AUUUUAUUUUCAAUAAGGCGUUGAUAUCCACAGUUUAAGAAAAGCAAUCACUUUCAGGAGCGGAUAACUAAAGAGUAGCAUGAUAAUCUCAUUUUCAAUUGAGAUCAAGCAAAGUUUUUUUAACAUUUUCCGCGCAAGUUUAUAUUUUUCGUUCUGGUUUAUGUAAAAGAGCACUGAAAGACAAGUUGUCUCAACUUAUUUUCACAAAAGAUGUUAUUUUAAUAAUCGUAUCAUUAUCAAUAGCUAUUUAAAAUUGUAUUAUCUAUCUCUGCGUCAAAGUCAAACAAAAGGUGAAUUAUAUUAUAUGGUUCAGGUGACUUAGUAUAAUGGCGAUAACGAUACUAUUCGAAUAAUAUUCGUACACACUUUAGACAGUCCUUAAGUCGAAAACUUAUUACUUCCGUGUCUUACAAGUUUGUACAGAAAAUGUAUGGAGAUCAAGAUAAACAUGAUGAUGUUUAUGGGCAGUUGAUGAACGAUGUUGUUGCAUCGGUGCAAUCAGAAAACUAUAUCUGAAGAAGCGGAGCAUAUUCGUAGUGCAAUACAUUUCUAUAUAAAAAAGUGGCUUGAUGAAGUUGAAGAAAUUAAUCCUCUGUUUAAAGUGAAAGAGUUAAUUGGAGUUGGCAGUUAUGCUGAGGGAACAAAGAUACUUGAACCAAAUGAAUUUGAUUACUUAGCUGUUAUUGAUGAGUUCUCCAAACCAGGUUUGCUGAACAUAGAUAGGGACGAAUCAAACUUCUAUGAAGGAUUAGUAAAGGUCAAAGUGAAAGACGAUGAUCUUAAGUCUAGAUGUAGUGACCUCUGUAAAAGUGGCCGCCUUCAGUGUUUUCAGCCUAUAAACUUUCCAGGCCUGGGCGAACAUCGAUUUGGUCAUGUUUUUAUUGAAGGUUUCAGAAAGUAUGCAAAGAAAAAUGAAUUAAGAUGGGGACCAGGAACAGGUUCACCAACACAUUGGACAGGUACAAUCAAUUUACCAGCCGUAAACAAAAUAUCCCUUUUGCUUGAGGGAGCUGAUUACACCGUACCUAAUGUUCUUAUUUAUUUUAAAUACAAGGGCAGACAAUUAACAACUGAUUUGUCCCCAGCUAUUAGAUAUUUUAAACCUGAGGACUGCUUUAAUGUUAAAGACUGUGCAGGUCCAGUUUUUGCAGAACUUGUUCUUAGUCGUAAAUCCCUACUCCUGAUUGGAACACAACACGAAUCAGAUUUUAAAAUAACAGUCACCGAAGCUGAGGUUGAAUACAUGAAAAGCGUGAUGAAACCUGAACACAAAACUAUCUAUAUAUUUUUGAAAUAUGUAACAAAAUUAUACACGGACAAAGCAUAUGCUUUUUUUAUUCCAUUUACUUCAUAUAUGCUUAAAACGGUAUGUGUACAUCAUGAUGUCUAUUGUAUAGCUGACAAGAUAUCAAUGAGACACUGUUUUGAGUCAGUCAUAGAUGAUCUAAUGACAUGUGCUCAACAAGGAUAUGUUAUUAGUAUUGUAGACAAACAUAUUCACCUCGAUUCAGGACGCAAGCACCCCCAGAUCCAGGAUUACAGAACGAGUAUGCUAACAGACAUGAAGAACAGACAUGAAGAACAUGUGCACAUUGCCUCAAGGUAUCAAAACAGUUGAUGCCUUGUUUGAAUUAAUUGAAUAUUAUGUG